UUACCAUUAGGGCUUUUCCAGGUACACUUUCUGUUGCUACGCUUCCUGAAAAAGGUGUUCAUUAUUCGAAGCUUAUUCCUUUCUGUGAAUUCCACCAGCAUCUCUCCUUUAGCAUUCCUAGAAUCGACGAUGUAGUUGCCAAUUGCUUGUUCGCCAGCCUGCUUUUUCCCCACUUUUGCAUUGAAGUCGCCCAUUACUACAGUAUAUUGAGUUUGCACUUUUCUCAUUGCUAAUUCAACAUCUUCAUAAAACUGAUCUACUUCCUCAUCAUCGUGACUGGAUGUUGGAGCAUAGGCUUGUACUACCUUUAUUCUAUAACUCUUUUAAGUUUGAUUACAACUACAGCUACCCUCUCACUAAUGCUGUAGAAUUAGUCAGUGUUGCCCGCUAUGUCCUUAUGGAUUAUGAAUCCUACCCGGUAUUGCUUCUUAUCUAGGAGACUUCUAUAGGAGAGGACAUGUCCGUUAUUCAGCAAUGUAUAAGCCUCACCAGUUCUUCUAAUCUCACUAAGGCCGAUGAUAUCUCAAACAAUGUCUGAUAAUUCCUCAAAGAGUCCUGCUAAACUAGCCUCACUCUAGAGGGUUCGGGUGUUAAACGUUGCAAGGGUGAGUUUCCAUUGGCGGCUUGUACGGAUCCAUAGAUUCUUAGCACCCUCUGCUGCGUUACAGGUCUGACCACCGCAGUGGUCAGGUGCUCCGCAGCUGCUGGGGACUGAGGGCCAUUGGGUAAUUGAGUUAGCCAUUUGGGAGGGGGUGGCCAAAUACUGCACCAGGGAGGCCAAUUCCUAAUCUGGUGAGGGAGUGUCUUGUUGAAGCUUUGUAGGCCUUGCAAAUUUGGGUGUACCCGGAUUAGUACAGCCCCACUCGCUCUCGGCAUCUUCUGCCAGUGACAGGCGUCACUCCAAGCCUGCAGAAGUUGUGCACUGGAGGAGGUGAAUUUCAAGCUCACCAUCAAAAAAAAACUUGUAGCGUGUUAUAACUGCAGUGUUCUUCUUAUCAUUUCUCAGUUGAAGUCGACAGCUACACGUGCCAAUCUGGUUCCCUAUCUUAUGUUUUCUUACUUUGUUUCCCUUCCCCUCCUUCCUUAACCUGUCUUUAAUAUUCCGAUGUGCACUGCAAAUAAAUGCCCAUUCUUCCAGCUUGUCAGCUUAUGUCUGCCUCGCCUGCGUCAAGCGCAGUGUCUGACCUACGAUGUAAGAGUGGCGACGAGAAAUGGAAAGCAAAACCCCUGGCAAAACCUUGAAGCAGAGGAUGGCAGCUACGCCACAGGGCGACGACUCGACGAUGGCACACCAGCAACUGCCCGACUUCGACGACGAAAGAGACCACUGGAAAGCCUAUGUUAUCAAGACAGAGGCAUACUUUGAGGCAAUGAGCGUGACGGAGUCGGCAAAGAAACAGGCGCUUUUGGUGGCAGCUUUAAGCACGCGCACCAUUCAAAUAUUAGCAAGACGAGUAGCGCGGAAGGCGCCGAAUUCUUUGGAGCACGAAGACGUCGUGAAAGUCUUGGACGAGUUUUUUGAUCCCAAGCGCCAUGAGAUUACCGAAAGCUUCCGCUGCUUCAACCGCUGCCAGCUUGACGGUGAGUCUGUUCAAGAAUUCAUUACUGAAAUUCGUCGAAUUGCCGACAACUGCAAUUUUGGUACCAUGCUCGACCGAAUGCUAUGGGAUAGAAUUGUGUGCGGCAUAAGAUUGAGUGCACUGCAGAAACAACUCCUGACAAAGAAAGACCUGUCAGUAGAGGACGCUGAAACGAUGGCACUGUCGCCUGAAGCUGCAGAUAAGGAUGCCAAUAAAAUGGCUGCAGACACAUCGGCAAUGCUUAAAAUUAAGGUGCAGUCAGCCUCAACGAAAGAGGUACUGCCCAAAUGUGGGCGUUGUGGCAGCAUAAAGCGCAACAGUAAUGCCUGCCGUUGGAGUAAUGCUCGUUGUUAUCACUGCGGUCGACGUGGUCACCUAGCAGUAAAAUGUCUGAACGAAGAAAGCGCAAGAUCUAGAACUCGAGAAGGAGCCCGGGGAUUUCGUGGCAGAGUACUGACUGCUAAGGAAGGGGAGACAGAUGAAGACAUACAGGAUAACACACACAGUUGGACGCUAAAAUCGACGCGAGAGGUUAAUGUGAAGCCCCCAAUGCGAUGCACCUUCACAUGGGGAGGUGUGGACGUAUCAAUGCUUAUCGAUACGGGUUCCCAGGUCUGCGUCGUGUCCCGACAGCUAUUUGAGCAGCACAAAAACACUUGGCCUUCGCUACAGCCUUCACGCACGAAGUUAUCAUGCUACCUCGGAAAAUUGCCAGUUUUUGGAGAGCUCCUGUUGCCGGUGUCGUACGACAGUACAACUGUAGAAUGCACAUUGGUGGUGCUAGAUUGCCCCGGUCCAAGCUUAUGUGGUAGAGACCUAAUUUCCCUCCUGAGCGACGCAGGCUCCCCGGUCAUCAGCCUCUCAGCCAAGCCGCUUACCGCACAGCCGUCUACCCCCAUGCAGGUCACUGCUGAUGUAUAUGCCGAGUUUCCAGAUAUUUUCAGCUCGAAUCUGGGCCUGAUCAAAGGACCUGCGGCACACCUACUGCUGAAGGAGGGAGCCACGCCCAAGUUCUGUAAGGCCCGAUCUAUUCCCUUCGCUCUACGCGACAAGGUAUCUGAAGAGCUUGAUAGGCUCGUGGCAUUAGGCGUCUUGUCACCAGUGCCGCAUUCCGAGUGGGCUACGGCCAUUGUACCCGUCCUUAAGAAGGACGGCACCGUUAGGAUUUGUGGCGACUUCAAAGUCGCUUUAAAUUCGGCAUGUGAGCUGGAGCAGUACCCGUUGCCAGUAAUCAAUGACAUGUUCGCGUCCUUAAGCGGUGGAAAACAUUUGAGCACACUGGAUUUACGUGACGCGCAUAACCAAGUUCCUCUCGAUGAAGAAUCGCGCUAGUUAUGCGUGAUUAAUACGCAUAAAGGUCUUUUUUGCUACAACAGAUAACCUUUUGGCAUUGCCUCUGCGCCAGCCAUUUUUCAACGCAGAAUGUAAACAGUUCUACAAGACUUAUCAGACGCGCCAGCUUAUCUGGCUGAUGUCUUGGUGUCCGAAAGAGCAGGAAGUGACAACGUGCUAAAAGCCGUUCUACAGCGUUUCCGCGAGAGUGGUGUUAAACUGCGCCUCGACAAAUGCAAAUUUCGGCAAGUGUCCGUUGCAUAUCUCAGCCAUCGAAUCGAGAUCAGCAAGGGUUGCACCCAAUAGAAAAGAAUGUCGAAGCUAUCACAAAAGCCCCUAGCCCGAAAAAUGUAGCGGAGCUUCGUUCUUUUCUUGGCAUGAUCACGUUCUACUCAAAAUUCUUGCUGAACAUAUCGUCUCUGCUCGCUCCACUGUAUCGGCUGCUGGAAAAGAACAGACAUUGGCUCUGGGCACAAGAGCAACAAACGGCGUUUGAUAAAGCAAUACGGUGUUUGCAGCAAGCAGGGGUGUUGGUUCACUUCGACCCUUUACAACCGCUGAAACUAGAGUGCGACGCAUUGCAAAACGGUAUCGGCGCAGUGCUUUUUCACACGAAAGGGAACGUCAACAAGCCAAUCGGAUUUCGUUCAAGGACAUUGUCGAGAGCAGAAAAAAAUUAUUUGCAACUUGAACGUGAAGCAGUGGCCCUCGUAUUUGGAGUAAUCAAGUUUCGUGAUUACCUUCUAGGCCGAGAAUUCAUCCUGGUCACAGAUCACCAGCCACUCCUGGGUCUGCUGAAACCGGAUCGGCCCACUCCGCCUCUGGCUGCUGCUCGCAUACAGCGCUGGGCGCUGUAUUUGGGAGGAUUUUGCUACAAGUUACAGCAUUCGCCAGGCAAGCAGCUCCUGAACUCGGACGCGCUUAGUAGGUUGCCACAAGAAACUUUGGAGCCAACGACGGAAGAGGAGCCACCUGACUACGUUCUGGCACUCGCAUGUGUCCAGGAGGGGGUGGUCUCGGUAGAACUGCAGGCACUGAUGGCAGGUGACGCAGUACUUUCAAAGGUCGUGCAGUACAGAAGAGACGGGUGGCCUCUAAGCUCUAAAGCAUUAGAACGAAGCUUACUCCCCUUUUAUGACCGCAGACUGGAACUGUCAUUGGCCCACCGUUUGCUGUAUUGGGGCUGUAGAGUUGUCAUUCCAGUUAACGCGCAACAUAGAAUGUUGCACAGGUUGCACGAGACACAUCAAGGAUCAUCGGCGAUGAAAUCAAUCGCUCGGUCAGCUUUUUGGUGGCCAGGAAUGGACCACAACAUAGAACAACUGUCAGCGGGGUGCACAAGCUGCAUCCAAAAUCAACCAAUGCCGGCAUCUGCUCCGCCAGUUAACUGGCUGACCUGCCAGGAAAACUGGUCGAGAGUGCACCUAGAUUUCGCGGGGCCAAUCAAAGGAAACAUGAUCCUUGUUCUCGUAGAUGCUCACAGCAAAUGGCUUGAGGCCGUACCAAUGAAACAGGCGACCACAUCUUCGACUAUUACUUGCCUGCGCAGCCUCUUUAGCAGGUUCGGCAUUCCUCGCACCAUUGUUUCAGAUGAUGGGACGCAGUUCACUAGCCAAAAAUUUACUGAAUUUGUGAACAAUAAAACAUAACCAACCUGCGCACGGCUGCAUUUCAUCCACAGUCGAAUGGCCUAGCAGAGAGAGCUGUCCGGACUGUUAAAGAUGGGCUGAAGAAGAUGAACCAUGGCAGAUUAGAAGAUUACCUUUGCAGACUACUUUUCAGCUACCGGAGAACACCCCUUGCAUCGGGCAAAUCUCCUUUGGAACUUCUUCUUGGCUACCAAAUCCGGUCCUGCCUCGACACAUGUUUUCCUCCUUUGGUUGCAGGAAGAUCAGGAACAUCGGAUGACUGGACCCUUGCACCAGACACAAAUGUUUACCUCCGUAACUUUGGUAAAGGUGAUAAGUGGAAGACGGGCACGGUAAAGUCAGCAGACGGAGCUAGGAUGGCGACAGUGGAAACGCCCGAGGGCUUCGUUCGGCGACUUGUUGAUCAAGUUCACACAAGGAAAGACCCAACGGCUACCAAAGGCCACAGGGAAAGUGAAAGCUCGUCCACCUCGAGAACUCCGGAAGGAACUCCCGAAGCAGGGCCAAAGGCAAAAGCCGAAACUCGUGAAACAUCACCACGACAGCGUCAGUCAUCACCCCAACCCCUGGACGCACAAGAGAGAAACGGUGAACCUACAGUGGCCACGGAACUCCGAUGCUCAACUCGAGAGCACAGACCUGUGCAGCGUCUUCAGUAUUAUUGAUGGAGAAAUGUUAUAACUGCAGUGUUCUUAUCAUUUCUCAGUUGAAGUCGACAGUUACACGUGCCAAUCUGGUUGCCUAUCUUAUGUUUUCUUACUUUGUUUCCCUUCUCCUCCUUCCUUAACCUGUCUUUAUAUUCCCACGUGCACUGCAAAUAAACGCCCAUUCUUCCAGCUUG